AUGUCACCAAUCUGCGGUUGUGAGAAGGUUAUGAAGAUGUGGAUUUCAAAUACAGAUGAAAAUCCUAAGCGAAAGUUUUGGAGAUGCCGAUUUUCUAGAAUGGCUGAGUAUAGUUGUGAAUUGUUCAUUUGGGAUGAUGAACUCGAUAAAAUUCUGAAACACUCCGAAAAGUACUAUGGACCAGGCUGCUCUUCUGGUUUGAAGUCUGAAGCAGGUUGCAACAACGGUGUAAUGACAAUGGAGUUUUUGAGAGAAUUUGGCAAAGACUUUGGGAAAGAGUUUGCGAAAGAGUUUGGAAAAGAAUAUGGCAAAGAACAUGGGAAAGAAAACGUGCAAAGAAGCAUGAGAAACCGAAAAUGA